GCAUGUUCGUGUUUGUUUUUCUGUUAAAUUUAAACUAUACAACGAUGGGUUGAAUUGUCAUCUACAUAAGUUUUUUUUUUAGAUUUUGUAAGCUAUCUUGACAUAAGCCAAGUCAAUACUAAUGUACACAUGUAAUUCAGCUUAUGCAAAUACAUAAAUUACAAGUUUUGGUGAAAUAAGAUAUGUAUUUUAUUCAAAUCCAAAAAAUAGAAGAAGGCAAAAUAAAGUACGAAGUUGAAGCGCAUUGACGACCACGAAUUAUGAAAGGUGUUUCCAAAUGCAACACAGUUAAAAUGGCCGGACGACACGCCUUCAUUACUGGAUUAGUAGCCAUUGUUGGUUUAUUUUAUCUAUCAAGUGUUAAUGGAUUAACAUGUUUGUUUUGCGAUAGAGCUGUUAAUAUCACAGACUGUCUUACACAAAAAGCUUCAUGCAAAGACAACGAUGAGCAAUGUUUCCUCGACAAGACUAUUCUUCCUGAUCUAACCUCUGUAUUUUCAGCUGGAUGCAGAUCUCAACAAGUGUGCAAAUUGAUAGCCAGUGCAGUUGGAAAAAGAGAUUCUGUGGCUUGUGCACAGUGUUGUUCUGGUCCAACUAACAACGCAACAUUAAUUCCAUGCAACGGCUACCUAUGCAAUCAGAAUCCUCAACCAGCAGGAUCAACCUGUGGGGUGUGUGACAGAGUCAGUAAUCCAAAAGAUUGCUCUGUUGACCAACAGUGCCAACCAAAUGAGGUUUGCAAGGUCAAUACCCUCUUUACUGGUGGUGGUUUAAAGUAUGAACUUGGAUGUGAGCUUAAAACUAUAUGUGAUACAAUUUUGAAAGAAUAUAGAAGCACUCAUACUACAGUGUUUAUAGGUAGAAGAGCUGACCACGGAGAUCUUACGCUAUGCUCUGCCUGUUGUGAUACUUUAAGUUGUAACAAAGACCAAUGCUCUGAAGUUAUUAAAACUCAGACAUGUCACAAUUCAAGUAUUUGUGGUUAAGAAACACAAGGAAGGAUUGAUUACACAAACAUACUGCUUGAG